AUGGCCCUGGCCAACCUGACCCACUCCUGGCCUCCUACGUUCUUCCUGCAAGGCAUCCCAGGGCUGGAAGCCUACCACAUGUGGCUCUCUGUGCCGGUGUCCUGCAUCUACGUGGUGAUCAUUGCUGGGAACUGCACCAUCCUCCUGGUGGUGGCCACGGAGCCAGCUCUCCACAGGCCCAUGUGCUACUUCCUCUGCAUGCUGGCCACUAUUGACCUGGCAGCCUCCACCUCCGCCCUACCCAAGAUGCUCUGCAUCUUCUGGUUCCAGGGCGGGGAGAUCCAGGCCGGUGCCUGCCUGGCCCAGAUGUUCUUCAUCCACGCCUUGUGCAUGAUGGAGUCGGCGGUGCUGCUGGGGAUGGCACUGGACCGCUAUGUGGCCAUCUGCUUCCCGCUCAGGUACAGCUCACUCUUCUCCAGCUCGCUGGUGGCCAAGAUGGCUGUGGCCGGCAUGGUCAGGGGAACGCUGACUGAUGGCCCUUGCCCUUUCCUGAUCCGGAGGCUGUCCUACUGCCGGACCAACGUCAUUCGCCACACGUACUGUGAGCACAUGGCAGUGGUCAAGCUGGCCUGUGGGGACACCAGCAUCAACCGCACCUAUGGGCUGAGUGUGGCUCUGAUCGUCAUCGGAGGAGACCUUCUCUGCAUCGGGCUCUCCUACUUCUUCAUCGUCCGUGCGGUGCUCCGUCUCUCUUCCCGCGAGGCGAGGCACAAGGCUUUUGGCACCUGCGGCUCCCACCUCUGCGUCAUCUUGAUCUCCUACAGCCCCGCCCUCUUCUCCUUCUUCACCCACCGCUUUGGCCACGCCGUGGCCCCCCAUAUCCACAUCCUGCUGGCCAACCUCUACCUCCUCUUCCCUCCCAUGCUGAACCCCAUUGUGUACGGAGUGAGGACCAAGGAGAUCCGGGAACGGGUCACCAGGGUUUUCCUCCCAGGCAGGGUCAUGGUGAAACUCAGGUUGAGUUGA